AAUGUACCAAGUUUCUUACUCCUUUCGUUGUAGAUUUGGGAAACCUUCGCCGCCAUCGGUCAUCUUCCUGAGGGCGCCGCUCUCGCCCCUCCUCUCCUGUGCGAGCGACGCCGAUCCGGAGCAGUUACCUCUUCAGCAGCAUCAUCUCUUCAAUUUGGGGGAAGACAACGAAGACUCCGAAUCGAGUUUUGUCAUCAACAAAGUUUUUGUUUUGAGCUGCUGGAACAAUGAAGAUGCCCAAGCUUGUUUGUCAAAACUACAGGACUCUUUGCCCAAUGAUGCUGUUGUUGUUGGGAGUUUCCAUGUUUGUGUUAGUGUUUCUCAUUAUUCAAGAGACUAAAGGAGAUUGUAAUAGAGAAGAAAUCAUCACAGUUGUGCCACUCAUUAAGGACCAUGAGAACCAAUUGCUUCAAAUAGACACCAUGAUGCGUGGGAUAGCACAGACCCUUACUUGGGAGAAGAACUUGUCUUUUCUCUUCACCACACAAAGCAAGAUAGUCCCACAACUUUACAUGGCAAUUAUGAUGCAGAAAUGGGUUGCAGAAAUUUCUUAUGUAGAGCCUCAAGGGAAAGUUUUUUCAUAUUAUGGUCAAGGAAAUGAAACUUAUGUAUUGUUCUCAAAUGAUUAUGAUUAUUUAUGGUGCGCCCAGGCAUUGAAUGGUACUGGAAAAUUCUCUGAUGAGGUUACAUGUUCACCACCAAGGCAUUUGAAUGAUUCCUUGUUCCACAUUGCAUCAUAUGUCGGGAUAGGUUUGCAAAGCAUUCAUAUGCUAUUCUUCAACACUCCACUAGGAAAUUCCACAAAUGGGGUUUUGUCGGUGGGAGUGCCUCUAGAAACUCUCAAGGAUUCUAUCUCAAGCAUCAACAUUCAUGGUGGGCACCUGCAUUUGGCUACCCGAGGAGGAGAAGUAAUUGCACCAGAUGGACCUCCUCAUACUCAUUUUGUUUACGGUGACAAUGGAGUAUCCGUUCUUGCAAUGGAUGAGGAUGAUAUGAAUGUUGUAGAGAAGUAUGAUGACUUACCUUGCCAUGGAAAUAUCUCUGUUUGGCCAUCGCAUAUUAAGUGUUUGAAGAUUCAGGGUAGGAGGUAUCAGUUUGGUUGUUUUCUCCUAGAUGCAUAUGGAAUGGAACUGGUAUACGUAGCAGCUUUCCCCUGUAAACGAGGCGUAUCAUUGUUGAAAAAGAUGAGGACUGUUGUUGUGAUUCUAGUAUUACUCAUCAUUCUAGGCAUGGUUCUUGGAAGUUAUGUGCUGCUACAUUUACUUCAUAGGUCACAGUUACAGGAAGGACUGCUACAAGCUAAACUUAUCAAGCUUAAAGGAGCAAUUCAACAAGCAGAGAGAAAAAGUAUGAACAAGAGUUUGGCAUUUGCUAGCGUUAGCCACGACAUACGUACAUCUCUUGCAGGCAUUACUGGAUUGGUGGGAAUUUGCCUUGCUGAUGCACCUCGAGUUUCUGAGCUACAUUCAAAUAUGCAACAAAUUAAUACUUGUGUAACAAAACUUCUUGGGAUACUAAAUUCUGUCCUUGACACAAGCAAAAUUGAAGCAGGAAAAAUGCAACCAAAAGAAGUUGAGUUUGAUAUAUGUCAAGUCCUUGAAGAAUCAACUGAUAUCUUUCACAUUGUGGGACUCAGUAAGGGUUUAGAGGUUAUAUGGGAUCCUUGUGAUUUUUCCAUUUUUACAUCUACCAUUGUGAGAGGCGACUGUCAAAGGCUUAAACAGAUAAUUGAUAACCUAUUGAGCAAUGCAGUGAAGUUUACAUCUGAAGGACAUGUUGUUCUGCGUGCAUGGGCUAGAAAACCAAGCUUAAAAAAAAUUGAAGUUUCUUCCAGAAAAGGUUAUAAUUUAAGAAAUGUGUUGAAUCCUUUAUUAGGAUGGCGUUCCAAAGAUAGCUUGGGUGACAAGUAUGUCGGGGAUCUAAUUGAAAGUGAUCCCAAUCACAUUGAGAUAAUCAUAGAGGUGGAUGAUACAGGUGUAGGAAUCCCCAAGGAGAAAAGAGCUUCUAUUUUUGAAAACUAUGUUCAAGUUAAAGAGUCAAUGAAUGGAGGACAUGAAGGCACUGGCUUAGGACUUGGCAUAGUCCAAUCCUUUGUGCGUCUUAUGGGUGGUGAGAUCAAAAUCAUGGAUAAAACUCUUACUGAAAAAGGAACUUGUUUCAGAUUCAACAUUCUUCUGAAAUCAUGCAAACCAAGUGAUGCGAAUGUGGAUGAUGAAUCAAGAGCUGAAAGGUCGAGUUCAUUGCCAACCAACUCAAUCAUCAUUAAGGAUUCUGCAAAUUCUCAGAUUGUGCAAUCUAGUAUUUCAAGUAUGGGAUUCAGAAGGGGUUUAGCAAGAGAUAGCAUUCAUGCCAUACUUUUUGUUCAAGGUGAUGAAACUAUACGAAUAAUGCAAAGAUGGAUGGAAAUCUCAGGAGUAGAAGUGUGGGUGAUUGAUCAUUGGAGGCUUAUUUAUUCCAUCACAGAGAAAAUUAAGAAUAGUCUUGGUCGUUUAGGGAGAUCUAAGUCAAGGUCACUUGCAAGUUUGUUGAACACGACAGCUGAAUUCUCACACUCAAAAGAUGAAGCCAACAAGUUUCUACCUCUCUCCAAUAUAGAGUUCAAGACUAGUUCAAAAGACUACACAAGUUGUGUAUUAAUUGUCAUUGAUUUCAGUCAUGGGAAUUUUCCAGAGAUUGAAUUAACUUUGAAGACAUUGAUAAGUGGCAAUGAAUCUCUCCACUUCAAGAUUGUUUGGUUGGUUAACUCCAAUGCUCCUACUGAUGGAUUGAGAAGAUCUAAGCACGUGCCAUGCCACCUCAUAUUGAAAAAGCCAAUCCAUGGAUCCCGCCUAUAUGCACUCUCGAGACUUAUACAAGAUUUUGGGAGAGAAAGUGAACAUGAUUUGCAUAAAAUGCCUAGUUCUAUGGAAAGUAACAAGUUUUCAUCCAAUUCUUCAUCUUUCCAAUGUAGUAGCCAUGAAGUGUUUUCAUCGAGUCUAAAUUUGGAGCAUAAGCCAUUAAAUGGCAUGAACAUAUUCCUUGCGGAGGAUGUACCUAUACUGCGGCAAGUGGCUACAAAAUUAAUUUCUCGCCUUGGUGCGAGUGUUACUUCUUGUGAAAAUGGGUUGAAUGCUUUGAAUUUAAUUCGAGAUGCUUUAAGGAAAUUAGAUUCCUCGCAUGAAGGUAAUGCAAGUAAUGAUUCAAAGGGCUUUCCUUAUGAUGCUAUUCUUAUGGAUUGUGAGAUGCCAUUUAUGAAUGGUUAUGAAGCAACGCGGCUUAUUCGCGAAGAAGAAAGAAAUUAUGGCCUCCGAAUUCCAAUUAUUGCUCUCACUGCCCAUGCUUCACCUGAGGAAGAAAGAAAGACAGCACUUGCAGGAAUGGAUUUCCAUUUGACAAAGCCAUUACAAGCCAAUCAAUUACUCCAUGCCAUCAACACUGUUAUAAAGCAGGAAUCAAUCUGACAAGUUUAGAGAAAGACUGGAAGUAAAAGAUACUUGUAAUUUCAUUGGAGAAAGCAUCUCUUCUGGCAUCCUUUGCGUCAUUCCUAAAGUACCCUCUUUUGAUCCAUGAAGAGGUUUUUAUCCUUUUCCUUGGUCAUAAAUAAGAAGGGAGAGAUAAGUUGUUGAUUUAUCUUGUCUACUUGGAAGAAAAUAAAGAGUUUUAUUGACAUGGCAUAGUUUUUGCUUUAAACUUUGCAUUACCUUUUUUGAUUUUGGUCAAAUUCUGUCAAAUGCAGAAACAUCUUUAGCCUUAAGAAAAAAAGAAUGCUUAAAAUUGCCAUCUUUAUGAGACAAUUGCAUUGGAAAUUUUUAAUGCAAUUUGACAUUCACGUCAUAGAGCUCUUGAGCUUUUGCUAAGGUGGAGAAACCUGAUUAUGCAUCUGAACUCCAUGAUUUCUAGAUGUGUGCCUAAACACAAUGACUGCAAUUUGUAUUAUCAUAUAGUAAGUUUGAUAAUCUAUGUAAACCUAUUCACCGAAGAUUUAUCUUCUCUACAGCUUAUGGAUUCUGUCCAUGUCUAUCUAUGGUGAAAAAAGUGUUGUGUAUAAUGACUCGAAAAAACCCUGAAAAAACAACUUAUUCUGGCCUCAUUAUUCUUGUUUUUACAUGUAUUUCUUUUUAAUUGCCAAGAUCACUUUCAGAAGUUUCUCCGCAGGUUAAUGUCUGGUGGUUUUAUUGCAAUAGUAAUAGUUGAGAGCCUUUCUAUGUUUUCA